UUUUUUUCUUUGCAGAUUUAAAUUUGACACAAAGAUUUUUGACUUAAACCUUAUUUGCGGUUGAAUAUUGUUUUCAAAAGAAAAACGAACCAGAAACUUUUACAUUUAAACGGUAGCAAAAUGAUGGCUUAUAUGGCUCCUAGACGACGUUUGGGCUCUAUAGAAGACUCAGCGCCUCCCUCGGAAUCAUCGGAAGGUACAAACUCCUCUGAAAAUCAUGAUAUGAUUUUAAACUCCGAAUGGUCCCAUGGCUCACAAAAUGGUGUUACUAAUCACAAUUCCAUGUUUCUUAAUUCGGAAGGUGAUACCGAUACAAUUAGCACGGAUACGGCCAGCAAUACCAUGUUGUCGGACUACGAAAGGGGACAAGUUGAAAGUUUUUUCGGUGGUUUGGGUACAGAAAUCUUUGUUAGUUCUUCGUUGGCCAAUCUCUAUGAGGGUACAGGCAAAGAUAACGAUUGGCAUUUGGUAUUCACUGGUAUACCCGUAGUGUUGUAUGAUCGUGGCAGUGCUCGCGCUAGAUCCAUACCUCGGGUUACCUUAGUCUUGGCUGAACGUGGUUCGUGUUUCGCUUUGUGGUCCGACCGUAUUGAUAACUUAUCAAACUAUCGUGUGGCUGGUCCCUCAUUUCAUACCAUGUGCUUAUCCAGCAAUCAUCAACAAAUGAUUGGUUUUAGUUUUGAUUCCACUGAAUCGGCUCGAGAGUUAUGGCAGCAUAUGGAACGUUUGGUAAGUGAUCCCGAAAAUAUAGCGCUUUCUAUGCCCGGACGUAAAAAACAAAAGCAAAAACGCACUAAACCAGCACCUUUGCCACCCAAAGCACAAAUUUCCCAUCCAUGUCAAUUUCAUCAUGUCACCAGUGUGACCAAAGAUGAUACGGAACGAUACUAUAGUAUGCAGGCCUUUGCCGCCAUGAGUCAACGUUAAAAUAGUAAAAAUAAAUAAUAAGAAGAUUGAACGAUUGUAAUUUUAAAUCGUCAAAUCUAAAGGACAUUUAUAUUUAAUAGUUUUUAAGUACAAUUAAAUUAAUUAGUUUUAAUCAAACGAUUUCAACAAAUACAUUUACAUAUGUUUGUAUCGAUGUAUGUGUUUUUUUGUAUAAAUUAUUAUCCAUGUUUUUCUUUGCGUUUUUGAUUCAAUUGAGAGAAGAAAAUAUUUAUCUGUGAUAUAAAUACAAAUUAAUAUUAUUUGUUUUAAGUUGUUUUUUUUUUUUACUUCAUUUUUAGUUUUGUUAAAUAUUGAAAUUUAGCAAAAAAAAAUAAAAAAUAUAUAAAGAAAACAAACAACUAGUUAAUACACAACUUUUGAUUUGUUUAGUCUUAAGUUAAGUAUAGAAGAUUAAGUUUAUCGACCCUUGAAAAAAGUUGUGCAAAAGCCAUGAAUUAUUUUUUAAGUUGAUAUAAUUUAGAUUUUUCACAAAAUGUUUUUAAAAUAUACUAACAAUUAUAAUUAAGUCAGAUUAACGCAAUUGAUAGUCGUUUUUUAAGAAUAUUAUUAUAAUUAUUAUCUUUAUUUUUAUUUUUAUAAUCCAAUAAGUCAAUUUAUUUACUAAGCUAUAAAACAUCUAUUGUAACAAAAUAAAAGGUCACAUUAUAUAUUAAACUAUAAACUUAUAUAAUUAAACUUCUAACUAAAAUUUAAUUGUUGUUAAAAAAAAAACUUUACGUGUACAGAAAGAAACAAAGAAAAAAUUUAUGUUGAAAUUCAAAACCUUAAAUUAAGUUCAAAAAAUAACAUUUAUUAUAUCAAUACAAAUUAUAAAUAAUAAAUAAUAUUUCCUAAAAU